AUGCCCAAACAGUCGGCCCCCGUGGGCACGGGUGUCUUUCGUUCCGAGGUGAUGAACCUCUGUCACCUGUACCUGCAGCCGAGCAUCGUCUUUGACGUCACCUGUGAGCUGGGUGACCUAGGCAUCGCCGAAUUCCGCGACCUGAACGUCGGCGUCAACUCCUUUCAGCGCACGUACGUCGACGAGGUGCGUCGCGUGGAGGACAUCGCCCGUCGCCUCACCUACCUGGAUGAUCAGAUGCAGAAGGCCAACGACCAGCACGCCCUCUCCGAAUCCAGUGACUACUACACCUCAUCCUCCUCGAUGACGCCCAUUGUGACGAUGAGCCCGCUGACCAGCGAGCCGAACGUCCCGCGCUACAAGGAGAUCAUCCGCCUGGAGGCGAACGUCGACGAGCUGGACCGCAAUCUCCGCGACGUCAAUGAGCACCUCAACUCGCUGCGGUUGAAGGCGCAGGAGUUCAACGAGAUGAACCAGGUGCUGCUCAAAACGCACAAGGCGCUCGAGUUUACGCGAUCAGGCAGCUUCAGUGGCGAUGCCGCCGAGGCGGGAACGUCUUCUUCAGCCAUGGGCAGUGGCGGCAGCAUCAAGGGCCGCUCCGGGUCGAUUCUGACCGGGGGCGAGUACCUGGGCAGCGAGCAGCAGCAAAGUCAGCUGGCCGCCUUUGCCCGCACCUUCGGCUUCUUCGACCCGAGCAACAAGCUGAACACGGUGACGGGAGUGAUCCGCGCCGACAAGGCCGCCCCCUUCCACACCAUGAUCUGGCGCAUCUGCGGCCAAAAUGCCCUCGUCCAGUUCUUCGACAUUGAGGCGCCCAUCGACGACGUGGCCACCGAGGAGCUGGUGGCGAAGAAGGUCUUCCUGGUGAUGGCGCAGGGCCGGCAGCUGGCGGCGAAGCUGAGCAAGAUCUGCGAGGGCUUCCGCGCCACCGUCUACCGCGUGCCUGCCGAGGCGGCCGCCUUCCGCGAGUUGUCCGUCCAGGUGGAGACCAACAUGCGCGACAUCAAGGUGGUCAUCGAGCAGACGCUCAAGCAGAAGUACCGCAUGUUGAGCGCCCUGGCGCAGCCGGAAAACCUGCCCAGCUGGACGGUGCAGGUGCGCAAGCUGCGCGCCGUCUUCGCCACCAUGAACCUCUUCCGGCGCACGGAGAAGGGCUUCAUCGGCCAGUGCUGGGCGGCGGCCACCGACCUCGGUCGACUGCGGGCCCGCGUCGAGGCGGUGGCCAGCCGCUCGGCGGGCAUCUCCGAAGGGCAGGCGGUCAUUGAGGUGGUGCCCACCACGGAGACGCCGCCCACCUACUAUCGCAGCAACAAGUUCACCUCCGGCUUCCAGGGCAUCGUCGACUCGUACGGCGUGUCGCGAUACCGCGAGAUGAACCCCGCCCCCUACACGGCCAUCAGCUUCCCCUUCCUCUUUGCGGUGAUGUUCGCCGAUGCUGGCCACGGCUUCGUGAUGCUCCUCUUCGCCCUGUGGAUGGUGCUCUUUGAGCGGCGACUCGCCAAGGCGUCGAACAAUGAAAUUUGGCUGAUGUUCUUUGACGGCCGCUACAUCAUCCUGCUGAUGGGCGCCUUCAGCAUCUACACCGGCCUCAUCUACAAUGACGUCUUCGCCAAGUCGGUCAACUUUUUCGGCAGCAGCUGGCACAUCAACNUCAACAACGCCACCGAAGAGGAGCACCCUGUGGAGCAGUACCUCGCCAAGGUGCGCUACCUCGAGAAGCGCCCCGACUCCGUCUACCCCUUCGGCAUUGACCCCGCCUGGCAGCUGGCCCCUGACAAUAAGAUCAUCUUCACGAACAGCUUCAAGAUGAAGGUGAGCGUCAUCCUCGGCGUCAUGCAGAUGCUCUUCGGGGUGAUGCUCUCCCUGGUCAAUCACAUCAACAAUCGCUCCCUGGUGAGCGUCCUCUUUGAGUUCAUUCCCCAAAUUCUCUUUCUCCUCUCCCUCUUCGGCUACAUGAUCACGCUCAUCUUCGCCAAGUGGCUCACCGUCUUCGACCCGCCCGCCAAUGCGCCCUCCAUUCUCAUCGACUUCAUCAACAUGUUCCUCUACAAGUACCCGGAGGACGUCGUCUACCUGCGACCGUGGUUUCCGCACAAAAAACUCCUCCAAACGGUGCUGCUGCUGGUGGCCCUCGGCUCAGUGCCGAUCAUGCUCCUCGUCAAGCCCACCAUUCUCGUCUGCUGCUCAGGUCGGUCGAAGAAGAGACUGGUUACCAGCAAUGACCUGGAGAUGAACGAGCUUUCCGGAGGCCACAACAACGGGGCAAACGCAACUACCUCAAACGGAGGCGCCAACAGCAGUAAUAAUAAUAAUAACAAUAAUGCUCACUCCAAAGCUGGCAGCUCAAAAACUGACAAGGCACAGGAUGAAAGUCACGGUGGUGGUAGUGGUGACCACGAGGGCGAGAGCACCGGCGACAUCUACAUUCACCAGUUUAACUUUCAAUAA